AUGCGCCCUCUCAGUCGCCCACCAUACGUCUGCAAGGCGUGUCAACACACCCUCGAUGUCUCCGUCAAGAGGCGCGCAGCUCUCCAUGGCUUCCAGCGCCAUCAAAGCACGGCGACACCCCGAGAUCGACCAUUCCAUCUGGCCAUUAUCGGCUCCGGACCAGCAGGAUAUUACACGGCGUAUCGGUUGAUGAAGAAGCUGCCGAAUAUCUGGGUGACAAUGUUCGAGUCGCUGCCAGUGCCAUACGGCCUCGUGCGAUUCGGAGUCGCCCCAGACCACCCCGAGGUUAAAAAGUCGGCCGAGACGCUGGAAGAUGUUGGUAAAUGGCCGCAGUUCGACUUUGCUGGCAACGUGCAGAUAGGAAAUGGUCCGCAGGAGUUGCCACUGAGUUCCAUCGCGCCGCACUACGAUGCGAUGCUGUUCGCAUACGGCGCCUCGAAGGACCGGCGGCUCAACAUCCCCGGUGAGGACUUGAAGGGUGUUGUAUCAGCGCGAGCUUUCGUCGGCUGGUACAAUGGUCUGCCGGAGUACGCGGACCUCAACCCUGAUCUGCAAUCAGGAGACACGGCUGUGGUCAUUGGACAAGGAAACGUAGCUCUGGACAUUGCUCGGUUCUUACUCUCGCCUGUUGACAUGUUGAAGGAGACCGAUGCCUCGGAGCAGGCUCUGGAGGCUCUGAGUCGAAGCAAGAUUCGAGAUGUCAAGAUCAUCGGGCGGCGUGGACCAUUGCAGGCGCCAUACACCAUCAAGGAAUUACGUGAGCUCAUGAACUUGCCUGGCGUUGGCUUUGCACCACCGCCUGGAACCUGGGACGAGCUUAUUCAAGUCGAGCGGAAGAAGCUUCCGCGGCAGCUGAAGCGAAUAGCAGAAGUGCUGGAACGUGGCUCGAAGACGCCCAUGGAGAGCGCAGUGAAAGCAUGGCAGUUGGGCUACAUGCGGUCACCCGUUGAGUUUCUAUCAUCCACCGGUGACAAGCUGGAGGCCGUUGGCUUUGAGCAGACAGAAUACACAGCUUCAAUUUCCUCGCUAAUAUCAGGCGAUCCGCAGAAGGAUCUUAAUUCAGUCCGUAAUCUGAAAGCGAAACCCACCGGAAGACGGACAAUGGCGCGCGCAGACCUCGCCUUCCGAUCUGUUGGCUACCAGUCCGAGCCUCUACCCGGUUUCGAUGACAUUGGUGUACCGUUCGACGAAAACUUCGGCAUCAUCCCCAACGAUAUGUAUGGCCGCGUGAUUGCACCCGACCGCGGACCAGCUGGACCUUUGACCGCCGGGCAUGUACCUGGAAUGUACUGCUCCGGCUGGGUGAAGCGAGGUCCCACCGGCGUGAUUGCAAGCACCAUGGACGAUGCUUUCAACACGGCAGACAUCAUUGCCCGGGACUGGGAGGAUGGCGCGAGGUUUAAUGAGGGUGAAGGUGAACGAAAGGAGGGCUUUGCGGCGGUGGACAGGGAGAUGAAGAAGCGGGGUGUCCGAUCUGUGAGCUGGGCAGAGUGGCAGAAGAUUGAUGCUGAGGAGAGGAGGAGAGGGAAGGAGAAGGGCAAGAUGAGGGAGAAGAUUCGGAGUGUAGAGGAGAUGAUGAAGAUUUUGAAUGCUUAG